AUGGAGAGAGGUGGGGUGAAGCUUUUUAGGCUAGAUAUUAAGUGGUUGGAAGAGAUGGAAGUGGUAGAAGUCAUUAAAACCACUUGGCAUAACACAAUUUUUAUUGGUUCCUUAGAUUUUCAAUUGCACAAAAAGCUAUUCAAUAUUAAACAUAAACUCAUCGUUUGGAAGAAAGAUAAUAAUUUCAAUGUUCAGUCCAAAAUCGAUGAGGUCUUAUAUGAAAUUGAAGCUUUGGACCAGCACGUUCAAUCUAUAGGUGUGUUAACCGAGGAGUUGAUGGGUGAAAGGAAUUCGAAGUUGAAAUCUCUUCAUAAUCUUCGUAGAGUGGAGGAGCUAUAUUGGAAGCAAAUAUCAAGGACAAAAUGGUUAAAGGAGAGUAAUAUGAAUACUAAGUUCUUUCAUUCUAUUGCGAGUACGAGAAGAAGGAAAAAUGAUAUUUCUGGUUUGACUAUUCCCGGUAUUGACGCAGAUGAUAGUGUGAAAAUGGAAGGGGCUAUUAUUGACCAUUUUAAGAAGGCUUUUUCCAUAAAGGUGAAGUUUACUCCAAAACUAGAAAAAGUACCUUUUAAAGUUUUGACAGUAGAUAUGAGUUCUAAUUUGGAGUGUAACAUUUCUAUGGAAGAACUAGAAGGGGUCGUUUUUGCUCUACUUAGUGAUAAGGCUCUAGACCCAGAUGGUUUUCCUCAUUCUUUUUUCCAUCGAUUUUGGAACUUGAUUAAGUCUGAAUUAUUAGAGAUGGUUAGAGCUUUAACGACUAGGGGUGAGAUAUUCAAAUGGGUUAAUGCCACUUAUAUAGCUCUUAUCCUUAAAAAAUCAGUGAUAGCAGAGUUAUCAAAUAUUUGGCUCAUCAAUCUUCUGACCAGUCUUUAUAAGAUUAUGGAAAAGGUAUUGAUUGAAGUUAGUCUUACAUUUCUUAUCUCUAACAUUCAAUCUGCUUUCAUUCUAGAGUGA